AGUUCCGCGCCCGGCGAAUCUGGAGGGCGAAGCUGCGGCGGGGCAAUCACAAAAGGGCUGUCAGAGAGGAGCCGAGGCGGGAGGAAGAUGGAGAGGCGGGUGGGAGCCUCACCUCUGGACUCUAACGCCACAGCCCGGUCUAGCCGCUACGCCCGAGCUCAAGUCUGACUCGAAACUCCGCUGGGUGCCUGAGAGGACCCGGCAGGCCAAGGGGUGGAACUGAGGGGGCGGGGACGUGGCGGGCGGGUGGGGCCGCCUCCCGGCUGGGCACGCCUCCAAGCCAGACUGGACGCGAAGGAAACCGGAACCCGUCUGCCUACGGUGCCUGUUUCCGGAAGCAGCUUGAGUCUGGACGCCAACGACGGGGACGCUGGGAAGCAGACUUCCGGCGCCCUAUUUUCUCACCUGGUUCCCGCGGCGAGCCAGCGGCAGCGGCGGCGGCGAUGAGACAGAAGCACUACCUUGAGGCUGCAGCGCGGGGACUGCACGACAGCUGCCCGGGCCAAGCCCGCUACCUCCUCUGGGCCUACACUUCGUCGCACGAUGAUAAGAGCACUUUUGAAGAAACGUGUCCAUACUGUUUCCAGCUGUUGGUUCUGGAUAACUCUCGAGUGCGUCUCAAACCCAAAGCCAAGUUGACACCCAAAAUACAGAAACUUCUUAAUCGAGAAGCGAGAAACUAUACACUCAGUUUUAAAGAAGCAAAAAUGGUGAAAAAGUUCAAAGACUCCAAAAGUGUAUUGUUGAUCACUUGUAAAACAUGCAACAGAACAGUGAAACAUCAUGGUAAAAGUAGAAGCUUUCUGUCAACAUUGAAGAGCAAUCCUGCCACUCCUACAAGUAAACUCAGCCUGAAGACACCAGAGAGAAGGACUGCAAACCCAAAUCAUGACAUGUCUGGCUCGAAAGGCAAGAGCCCAGCAUCGGUUUUCAGAACACCUACAUCUGGACAGUCAGUAUCUACUUGCUCCUCAAAGAACACCAGCAAAACAAAGAAACACUUCUCUCAACUAAAAAUGUUACUUAGUCAGAAUGAAUCCCAAAAGAUUCCAAAGGUGGACUUCAGAAAUUUCUUAUCUUCUCUGAAGGGUGGACUUUGAAAAUAAGAAAUGUCUGAUGUCAAUUCUGAAACUAAAGUUGGCAAAACAACUUUUUAAACUCUUAUUCAUUUUUUGAAUACAUGGAAACUAGAUCUGAAUGCAAACUUUUCUUGGCAUCCUUCAGUGUUUAUGGGGAAAAUACCUCAUUGGUAUGAAUACCUGAAACCUGCCUACCUCAUAGGACAGCUGUGAGGAUCAAAAAAUAUAUGAAAGUUCCUUGUAGACACAUAUCUAUAGAUAUAUAUGUUUAUGUAUAUAAAGAUAGAUAUAUACAUUGA